CCACAUUUGCGACCAUUGAAAUCCGUAGCGUAGCGGCGUAGCUAAUGUGACAUCGACGCGUGAAGAUGUCCACAGAGUUCUGAGCCAUGGAUCGAGAGUAUGAGGAGGUCAUUGCCAACCAGCCCGUUGUCAUUGACAAUGGCUCUGGCAUGAUCAAGGCCGGCUUUGCAGGUGAUGACGAGGUGAAGCUGGUACAUCCCUCCUUUGUUGGAAGGCCAAAACAUCAACGUGUGAUGGCGGGUGCUGUGGAGGGAGAUGCUGGAGAUAUUUUUGUUGGCGAGCGAGCAGAGCAGUUCCGUGGGAUUUUAGCCUUGAAAUAUCCCAUGGAGCAUGGCAUCGUUCAGCAUUGGGAUGACAUGGAGCUCAUCUGGCGCCACGUCUAUUCUGAGAUGAAGGUGAAUGCAGAAGAGCAUCCUGUUCUAUUGACGGAGGCACCGCUGAAUCCGCGGAAGAACCGUGAGAGGGCAGCUGAGAUCUUCUUCGAGACAUUUGGAUGCCCUGCAUUGUUUGUAUCAGCUCAGGCGAUCCUGUCGUUGUACGCCAGUGGCAGGACGACGGGAGUCGUUCUUGAUUCGGGCGAUGGUGUGAGCCAUGCAGUUCCUGUCUAUGAGGGCUUUGCUCUACCUCAUGCAGUCAUGAGAUCCGACGUUGCAGGGCGAGAUGUCACCGAGCACUUGCUCCUUCAGUUGAGAAGGACGGGGCACGUCUUUCAUACCUCAGCAGAGCGGGAGGUGGUCCGCCAAAUCAAAGAGAAGGAGUGCUACGUGGCAAUGAACCCUCAAAAGGAAGAGCAAGGUGAGUACGACAAGACAUCCAUGCAGCAUCAGUACAAGUUGCCUGAUGGUUCAGUCAUCAGCUUGGGCACAGAAAGGUUCCGAGCUCCGGAGAUCCUCUUCAACCCGAGCCUGAUUGGCUUGGAAUAUCCAGGCAUACACGAGUUGUUGGCGACCGCAAUCAACAGGGCUGACCUGGAUUUGCGGAUGACGCUCUUCUCGCAGAUUGUCCUGUCUGGUGGAUCCACCAUGUUCGAGAAGUUCGGGGACAGGCUUCUCAAUGAAGUCAAGAAGCUCGCGCCAAAGGAUAUCAAGAUUCGCAUCUCCGCUCCUCCAGAGAGAAAACUCUCUACAUGGAUAGGCAGGAAAUGCGCUGAGGUCUUCAAAAUACGAGUGAUUAGCUGUUUGUUUCUGUACUGAACUCAAAAAGCUUUGCCUUGUGGACAUUUGCAAUUUUGCUGCUACCAGGAUUAAGCAUCAAACUUGAUCCAGCUCAGGUGGCUCAAUCCUGGCAUCCUUAGCGACUUUCAAAAAGAUGUGGGUGACAAAGGAAGAGUUCGAAGAAGAUGGCUAUUCCAUAUUGCACAAGAAAGCCUUCUGACUUCUGAGCACUGCGAAUGGGAUGGCGGCACUAUGGACAAACAGAAUUCUCACCCACACCAGUGAGCCUUUGACCGUG